AUGCGACCGAGAAGCGCUACAAUCGCAGACCAAAUGCACACCCUCGACAAGAUUCUCCCCGUUGUGGCUCAGCUAGAGCAGAAAGGAGAGAAUACCAACACCCAGCAAAUGCGGCGUACCAUCCUGUCAAAGUUCAACGACAGAAUCCAACGGAUUUCUUCGAAGUGGAAGCUCAGAUUCAAAAUAUGCGAGGGACCAUGGAAAACAAAUGAAAGGGAGACCGAGCAUAGCAACGCACAGCACGUCGACAAAACAGCCAGAUCUGCGAACAACAGAAGCAUUAGGACAUUCCCGUGCUUCUACUGCAACGACACCAACCAUACACCAAGAUCCUGUCCGAAGUAUACCACAAUCGAGCAGCGACUGGAAGUGAUCAAGCGACGGAAUCUCUGCCAUAACUGCGGAUCAGGAGACCAUCGCGCCAAGGACUGUACCGGUGGAGCAUGCCGACAGUGCAACGAAAAGGGUCAUCACACCUCAAUCUGUCGGAAAGCUCCCAAACCACAAGCAUGGACACCGAAACCAGCAAGGAAUGCUCUUCCAAAGGCUCAACCAGAGGCACCAGCACCAAAGAAGAAAGCAGUGUCUCAAAACUUCGCCGCGGUCGUAGCCAACCAGAGCUCUACAUCCUGCAGGAUCGGCGACCACGUCGUCCUACGCCAGCAAGACACUCCACGCUCGUCGGAGCACUCAGUGGACCUUCUCGUAGGACAAGCAAGAGUUUGGAACGUUCGGACAAAGGAAUUCGAGGACGUUCACAUCAUGAUGGACACAGGCGCAGACCAGUCGUUCAUCACGCGCAACUAUGCAGACCACUUAGGACUCGGAAAGACGGGUCAACUGCAAUUAACCAUCCACACGUUUGGCAAUAGCUCUCCGACAGAGCAAUCUUGCGAGACAACCCAGGUCGAAAUCCAACACAAUUUUGAACUGGCAGAGACCUACUAUAUAACAGGAGACGUCAAGCGGACGGAACUCCACCACGAAGAUCGCCAAGUAUCUGCAGAUCAAUAUCCAGCUAUCAAUUUCGCCACAGAUUCAAGACCUUGUGAGCUCCCAUUUUACUGGCUGUGGCGAUCUCUUCACGUUGUUCUGUUGGCGAUCACUUACCAAUGUGCGACCAAGGAAUGCCGACGAAACGAGCCUUCAUCCGGAAACUCGGUGAUUUCAAAGAUUGAGAUUACCUGGUCACUGAAAGGAACAGUAUGCUCCUGA